AUGCACAGUUCCACGCCGCUCAAGAUUACCAAGCGCAGAGCCAGGGCGGUGAAUGCAGCGCAGCCGAGCACAGCAUCAUCACCCUUAGCGCCGGCCACGAGGGGGUUGACACCUGAUCAGCCAGUCCGACGAGCCUCAUUCAAUUUCCUUUCGGGGAAUCAAGUCGCAGACCCCAGCUGGACUCCAGCUUCUGGUGGGCCUGAAGAAUCCGAGGUGGACACACCGUCAAAGAAAACCGUCCCCAGAAAUAGGUCAACAUCUGCAGCGUUGUCGAAAACAGCGAGAUCGUCCCGAUCUGAGAAACCCGACGAUCAUGAGCCUCCUUUGGACGAUCCUGGAGACGUGGCCCGGGUUAGGCCGUCAUUUCACACCUCUCACACCUCCCCAAAGCUACACUCCGAAACCGAGAGACGAGGUCAAAGGCCUAUCGCGCCAGGUCGGAGUGUGAGCGAGCCACCUUCAACGCAUGCGAGGCAGUUGAACGGCCCUCAAAUCGACCGCAACAUCGAGUAUUUGAUCAAGGCCGGCCCCGGGUCCAAGGCCCAUCUCCCGGGUUACCUUUAUAUUUUCGUCACCAAGCUGCGGGAAGGCAGCCAGCUGCUUAAAAUCGGCAUUACCAAAGACCACCCAACGGAGCGUGGAAAAAGUAUUCAAAACCAGUGCAAGCACCCGGAAUUCUUCGAACAUCAAGGUGCGAUAGCGCCAAAAUUCUUCUUGAACAGAAUUGCCGAGAGGUUGGUCCACGCAGAGUUGGCCAACUUUCGUCGAUCAUGGACCUGUGCCUGCGAAAAGAAGCAUAAAGAAUACUUUGACGUGAGUGACGAAAUUGCUCUGGAGGUUUGUGGCAGAUGGAGAGCCUUUUGCGAACUGAAACCGUGGGACUCUCAAGGCAGGCUAUUGCCAGAGUGGGAACACAGGCUGCGGCACAGAGUUCGGUUCAGCGACCCAAGACGAGAUUUCGACCCUUGCGAGCUCGCCAGGCACUGGCGAACUUGUGUUUUCCCGGCUCCUCUAGAACAUCUAGCAAACGACGCGCGGGUUCUCUGGAAUCAUGUCUUCCCCAGUCGUUGGCAUAUUGCUGCUGUGGGGGAGGCACUCACAAUGAUCUUCAUCUGGCCGACUUCCUUCUGGACAUCAAUAUGGUGGAAGGUGGUUCUCAUUCUGGUUGUGCUAGAACUUUGUUGUCUCGAUGGCAUGUACACAAAGGAUUCCGUCUCCAGGCUUCUGAGUGGAAGUCUACAACGUUUUAUGCUGUGGAAGCUCUCAGGGGAAUCGGGGAAUCGGCCGACACUGUGGGCCAAGGAGUACCUGCAGGUUGUCUCUUCUGACCAGCAAGUUCAAAAUGAGCAAUCAGAGGACUUUGAUACGGAUAUGCUGGACGAAGCUCCCAGUUACGAUGAUGACGGCGAUAUCAACAAAGACAGCAAAGAUUGUGACAGCGAUAGUGAUGAUGAGAGCAUGGAUGAGGGUGUUUCUCCCUUUCAGAAUCCCGAUAAAAUCUUUGUCGGCACAAGAUGA